AUGUUAGCUAUCGCUGAAAGUAUGCCUGAAACGAGUGAAUAUAUUCCACUAAUUGGUUUAUAUCUAACGACAGUUAUGUCAAUGACAAGUGUUUCAGUCAUGAUGACUGUACUUGUUCUUAAUUUGCAUUAUCGUGGUCCAAAAAAGAAUGAAAUACCAUUUUGGUUACAACAAUUAUUGGGUUUAUCUUUAGUGAAUAUUUGUCGAACAGUGACGAAAUCCAAACGAUUUAAAUUUCCAUGUCCUGAAAAAGAAUCUGUCGAACGGAAGAAAAGUAUCAAUGACAUGGAUAAAAGUCCUCGAUCACAUAACCGUAUGACUCCUAAUGGACUCAAAAUAACUUGUACUCGCGAAACCAAGCCGAUACCAAGAAUAACUACAGCAUCAACUGAUAUCAAUUCAAUUCAAAUCGAUCUGUUAACUUCUCAGGAACAUGAAAUAAAGCAAAAACCUAAACGUCUAUCUCGAUUUCAACAAGCUGAAAACUCCAUCAGGCGUCGUUCAACAUCUCGUUCAACGUCCGCUGGACCGAUUCAAGAUGAAAUUCAAGAAACUCUACAUAGUCUUUUACGCACACAAAAAGAAUUCGAGCGUGAUCAACGAAUCACCAGCGAUUGGCGCGUCAUCGCAACAAAAGUCGACAAGAUUCUCUUUUAUAUUUUUCUUCUGUUAACAGUCGUAUCAACAUUAACGUUACUUGUUGUUGCCCCAUUCAUUCGGUCACGUACACAAUCGAAAACAAAACUAUGGCGAGGAACUCGUCGACCGCAAUCAGACUGA